CGGACACGACGACCGUCGUCGACGAUCGUGUCGGACACGAAGACGGUUGUGCUCGAUACGAUGGCUGUCGUGCUCGAUACGAUGGCGGUCGUGUUCGACACGAUGGCGAUCGUGUUCGACACGACGACGAUCGUGUUCGACACGACAACCAGCGUGUUUGACACGACAAGGAUCGUGUUCGACACAACAACGAUCCUGUUCAACACGACGACCAUCGUGUUUGACACGACGACCAGCGUGUCGGACACGGCAACGAUCGUGUUCAACACGACGACCAUCGUGUUUGACACGAUGACCAGCGUGUCGGACACGACAACGAUCGUGUUCAACACGACGACCAUCGUGNACGAUCGUGUUCAACACGACGACCAUCGUGUUUGACACGAUGACCAGCGUGUCGGACACGACAACGAUC